AUGGCGGGGUACAAUGGCACAAUAGGGGAUGUAUCCUUCACUCAUCAGCAAGUCUUUAAGCUGGACAUGGAUGCUGCCACCAGUACAAAAACUGCAGUGGCUGUGUUAACAUCUCUGUUCUUCUGUUUUGUAAACUGUGUGAUGCUCUUUGCUCUAAAAAGCAAGCGUGUAUUCCAUGAGACGCCACGCUACAUUCUUUUUGGCCACAUGUUAAUGAAUGACUCUGUGCUUUUGCUGGUCACUACUGUCAUGUACACAUUGGCUCUCUGUUUUCUUCCGAUACCUAAAUCCAUCUGUACUUUGUUAGUCUUUGUAUCAUACUGUACUUUCUUUAAUGCUCCUCUGACACUAGCACUGAUGUCUCUGGAGAGGUACGUGGCGAUCUGCUUCCCUCUGAGACACUGCAACAUCGCCACACCAAAAAGGACUGGAGUCGCCAUAGGAAUCAUCUGGCUCCUUAGUUCUAUUAAUAUUAUAACAGACAUUAUUCUUGCUUUACGUGUUAACCCCAAUUCUUUAGCAGAUAUUGCAUUCUGCACACUCGAAAAACUGUUUAUAGCCAAAUGGCAGAUAGAUAAAUCUCAAGGGUUUGACGUUCUUUAUUUUGUGUCGGUUGCAGUGAUCAUUAUUUUCACAUACAUUAGCAUCAUGAUCACAGCCAGGUCUGUUUCGUCUGAUAAAGAUUCUGCUAAGAAAGCCCUUAAAACAGUGCUCUUGCACCUGAUUCAGCUGGGACUGUGUCUCACCUCUUUCCUGUAUGCCACAAUAGAAAGAACACUAUACACAGUGAUUGGAAGCGGAUCGUCUCUCUUCAUAAAUCUGAGAUAUUUAAAUUAUCUUAUUGUACUUGUUCUGCCGAGGUGUCUGAGUCCUCUGAUCUAUGGUAUGAGAGAUGAAGCCGUGUGGCCUUUAUUUAAAUAUUUUUUCUGCUAUUGUUCAGGUAAAGUAAGGCCCUCAGUUAUCAUACAUUAA